AUGCUUACCGACGCCCAUGCUGAGGGUGCUGGACGGCCGCACCCGACCAGCGAGGGGAUGGCGCCAACCCGGCAAUACAUGACACGACAAAGUGUCCCCCCGUAUGAGAUGCAGCACCACAGCAACGGAUAUGCUGUUCCUAGCUAUCAAGAGCCGAACAACUUCACACCCGCCAGCUCCUUGUCUCCUACCAAGGCAGCUGACCCGAAGCAUGUUAGCUUUGAGCUACUUCUCCCUCAGUCUCCUCAGGCUCGGGCUAGACUACCGAUGCGUGUGAACAUUUUCCCGCACGAUACAACCGACUCGAUCAUUACAACAGUCAAGAAUUUCUACGGCUUGUACGAACGACGAGGCGUCUGCUUUGAGGACCGCCAUGGCGUCACUCUCAUUGCUAGAUACGAGAACUUCGCCCACAACAUGGUCGUCUAUGUAAGAGUUACGAACGAGGAAGUCGAACCGGAAGAAUACUCCCCUGCGCCUCGCCAGUCUUUGUCGCCAAGACGUCCUCAUCUGGACGAGCCAUUCCAAAUGCUCCCUCCUUCCCUCAACCAUCAAAUAUCAAGGCCAGCAUCCCGUACUGCUCGGCAACGCAGCCGCUCCCCUCAAUUUGGGCGAGGUCGACGUAGUGCUUCUGCGAGCACCAACCCGAAGCGCAUUCGACCAUCAACCAAGAGUCGCACUGGUAGUUCCCACGGCAGUUUCGCAGACCCCCAUGGCGAUGCUGCCAACGGAUACAGUGACAGCGAUGGCGGCAACGGGUCAGUCACUAGCUCUCGCCGUGGUCGAGCUGAGCAGCUGGCAAGCGCCGAGAUUUCUCUCGACAACAUCGUCGAAGGUGGUCGUAGAAAGAGGGCCAAGUUUGACAGCUCUGAGCUACCAUUGUUUGUCCCUCCACAGGUGCCAAUGACAGCGUCGCUCUCAUCCGUCUCCCCACAGCGACGUAUCAGCAGCCACAAUGGCGCCUCGCCCUUCUCCUACACAAACCAGCAGACCUUCUCCUACGCUCACCCCCUCCCAUCGCCGCAAAGCUACGGUCAUGGGGAUGUUUCAUACCUGCAGGGGUUGAGCACUCCGUUCUCUGCCUCGAAUGGCCAGCCGCACGGCCACCGGUCGCGUACACGUGGCUCGGCCCAAUACGCCCCCAAUCGUCUCUUAGCCAACGGAGGGAUCUUCCCAACGCCAGACCCCACAGUCGGCAGUGUUAUAUCGGAUGAGGAUGUCGCUCUGCAGUUGAUGCGACUGGGCGAUGCUUCGAAUAUCUCGGCGCACGGUCGCACAUCGACCUCCACACUCGACGACGCCCUAAGCGGCAAAGCUGAAGCCGCUUCGUCAAGCGAAGAGAGCGACGAGGGCAGCGAUGUCGGUGAAGGCGAACUGCCGAUGCUACCCUAUAGAGCAAACCCGAUUGCGAACGGCCAAGAAUUCGACAGUGGAGAGACUAGCGGUGAAGACUACGAGGAUGAUAGGGACGAAUCUUUCAAGGGUGGUAGUGACGAGAUCAUGCUCGACGCGGAUCUCCAGGGAUCUCGGCCGAAGACUAAUGGAUCCAUCUCCUCGAAGGGGCGGUCUAGUGUUUCUGGCUCCAAACACUCCAAGUCUGGCAAGCCUCGCGGACCUUCGUCCAAGAAGAUCAAGGUUGCUGGCACUGCCAAAGCACCCAUCUCUCCAACAUCACUCCCCCCACAAUCGCGCAAAGCAUCCAGCGCGUCUCUGAAUUUCCAACACCCGCUUGGCGUCGACGAGGAAGAUCUGUCUACCAAGCCACGUUGCCAGCGUUGCCGCAAGAGCAAGAAAGGAUGUGAUCGUCAGCGACCAUGCCAGCGAUGCAAAGACGCCGGUAUUGGGCAUGACGGAUGCGUCAGCGAAGACGAAGGCAACGGCCGGAAGGGCCGAUACGGACGGCACAUGGGCGUCCCGGUCAAGAAGACUUCAGACGAAAUGUCUGUGACUGAUGGAGCUAUGUCUGCGCCACCUUCUGCCUACUCCCCAAUGUCCGCCAUAUCGCCUGACAAGAGUAAGAAGAGGAAGCGGUAG